AUGGAUCGCUGCCUCGAAUACUUCGCAGUAACUAAUCCGCGCGACGUCAAGACGAACAUCUACCAGACAAGGGGGGCGGCACUCAAAGAGUCCUACGACUGGAUUCUGUGUCAUCCGCAGUUCCAGUGUUGGCGCGAGAACAACGACAGCCAGGUCCUCUGGGUUAAGGGAGACCCUGGCAAAGGCAAGACCAUGCUACUCUGUGGCAUCAUCGACGAGCUUCGAUCUACUACGAAGCUGGAAGAUCCCCAAGCCAAGACCCUCCUAUCGUUCUUUUUCUGCCAAGCCACCGAUCCCAAGCUGAGUAACGCUCAUGCUGUCCUGCGUGGUUUGAUUUAUAUGCUCGUGAAGCAGCAGCCACUAUUCCUCUCACACGUGCAGGAGAGAUUCAGGGACACUGGAGAACCACUAUUUAGCGAUGGGGAUGCGUGGGCUGCACUAUGCAAUAUGUUAAUGGAUAUCCUACGUGAUCCUAGCCUGGAUAUGAUGUACAUUGUGGUUGAUGCCCUGGACGAAAGCGUGGAGGACCGAGAUAAACUCUUACGGCUUAUUUUACUAGAGAUAAGGGGAUUACCGCACGUCAAAUGGAUUAUAUCCAGCCGGAACCACGUUGAUCAGCGCAAAAGGCUUGAUGACUCGCAGUCAAUACUGAGCCUGGAAUUACAGGAAAACGCAGAAUCCGUGUCUCUGGCUAUCAGAGCUUACAUCUCGAACAGGAUAGCGGAACUUGAGUCUCUGGAGGAUGAUGAUACUUUGCUAGAAUAUGUUCAGCAGACCCUCGAGAAGAAAGCCGAAGGAACGUUUCUCUGGGUGGCGCUCGUGGUCCAGGAACUCCAGGGUGUUGAUAGCUGGGAUGUGAAACAGGUGGUGGAUGAUGUACCGACAGGGUUGGAUGAUAUGUAUGCGCGAAUGAUAGACCAGAUCGAACAAGAAGCGCCCCGAACCCGAAAGUUCUGUCAGCUUCUCCUCUCAGCUGCCACCCUGGCUUAUCGGCCACUUCAGCUAUUGGAGUUAGGGGUAGUUUCGGGACUCCCAGACGAGAUCGCCGGAAAGGCCAAGAACCUAGUGACAAUAAUCAAGAGGAGCGGCUCGUUUCUCACAGUCCGCGACGAAAGCAUUUACUUCGUGCAUCAGUCUGCUAAGGACUACCUGAUGGGAAAGGGCGGACAGAGCAUCUUCUCGUCUAACCCUGCGGUUGCCCAUUACCGAAUGUUCACACAGUCCCUCCAGUUGAUGAGGAAGAUGUUGCGCCGGGAUAUAUACGGGCUGCGCGCCUUAGCCACUCACAUUACACAGGUGCAGCCCCCCGACUCCGAUCUGCUCGCAGGUACCCGGUACUCAUAUCUUUACUGGGUCGACCAUCUACGAGAAAGCAGAUCAUAUGAAGAUCUCCAGGAUAGUGGUAUCGUCGACAUAUUUCUUCGAUCGCAAUGUCUCUACUGGCUGGAGGCACUAAGCCUCCUGCGAAGCAUGACGGAUGGAAUCAUGUCGAUAAAGAGACUGAGGGAUCUCGUAUCGGUAUGUGUUCAUUUUCAGGGAUUGAAACUGCUCUAA